CGUCAACGUAGCCUUGAGAAACAAUGAGACCAGUCAGUUCAGUUGAACACUAAAACUAAUUCGCUGAAUAAGGGUUUCCAUUCGCGAUGAAGGUGUUGCUGGUAAAGCGCAUACUCCUGCUAUUGGCUGGAAUAUGUUCAAUAUAUUACAUAGUUGCUUUCUGUAUUAACCGAGAUGAUACAAUUGAAUCAUUUGGAGAUGCCAGUCCUCCAAUGCUUUCUGAUUUGGAGCAAAGUGUUAAAGAUCUGUACAACUUGAUAAAAGCCCUUAAUCAAAAACAUGAAUCCAUGCAGAGGCUUCUUGAAGAAGAUAUAGACAGACAUAGAAAAAUAGAAGAAAAACCAAUUGCAGUGGUCAAAGAGCAGGACGAAGAUAAACCUGGGAAGAUUGAACAGCCAGGAAAUGAGGGGAAGAAACUUUUCCCAGAGUCUGCCCUGUUCCAGAACUGGGAUGGAGAGAAUUUUUCAGAAGCCGAACAAAAAGAGGCACAAGCCUUAUUUGUGAAAUAUGGUUACAACGCCUUUCUCAGCGAUCGCCUACCCCUUAAUCGAUCUCUUCCAGACACCAGGGACCCAAGAUGCUUAAUGAAGACCUACCCAAAGGAUCUGCCCAGCAUUGGAGUAGUUCUUAUCUACCUGGAUGAGGCCCUGUCAAUCCUCAAGAGAGCCAUCCGAAGUAUUAUCGACCGCACUCCGAAGUCCUUGCUGAAAGAAAUCAUAUUGGUGGAUGACCACAGCACCAAUGACGACCUGAAGCAGGACUUUGACAUGUACAUCAAGACCAUUGAGGACCAGAAUCCAGGCCUCCUCAUGACCAGAGUGAGACACAGUGAGCAGCUGGGGCUGACCACGGCUAGGAUCUCUGGAUGGAAGGCCGCCACGGCUGACGUGGUUGCCAUCUUGGAUGCUCAUAUUGAAGUCCAUGACCUGUGGGCGGAACCAUUGCUGACGCAGAUUAAAGGAGAUCGGAGGCUGAUUGUGUCUCCGGUGUUUGACAGAGUCAACUACUAUGAUCUUGAGGUUGUAGAGUACAUCACUGCAUCCUAUGGGUUUGACUGGGCUUUGUGGUGCACGAACGAGAGCUUCAGGCCUGAGUGGUACAAACGAGAUGACCCCUCCUUACCGGGAAAGAGUCCUUCCAUAAUGGGUAUCCUCGUCGCAGAUCGGAGGUAUCUUGGUGAAAUUGGUAUAGUAUACGGUGGAGAAAAUGUUGAGCUCGGGAUUCGUGUUUGGACAUGUGGGGGAAGUAUUGAGGUUGUUCCAUGCUCCAAGAUAGCCCACAUUGAGAGGAACCAUAAGCCAUACAUGACAGACCUCUCACUCACAAUGAAAAGGAAUGCUUUGAGGGUAGCAGAGGUUUGGAUGGAUGAGUACAAACACAACGUUAAUCUGGCCUGGAAUCUGCCCUUUGAGGAUCACGAUAUUGACUUUGGGGAUGUGUCUGAGAGAAAAGAACUAAGAAAAAGGCUGAAUUGUAAACCUUUCAAGUGGUACCUUGACAACGUGUAUCCACUGCUGGAUACCAGGGACGAUAUCCUGGCCUAUGGAGGACUGAAGAACCUCGAUGCCAACAUGUGUGUAGACCAAGGACCAGUUCCAGGCCACACACCGAUUGCAUAUCCCUGCCACUACUCUAUGUCUCAACACACAUAUUUCCAAGAGACUGGUGAGCUUUACAUUGGUGGGAUCAAGUCCCAUAAGUACAAUGUUAAUCACUGUUUGACGGACGAUGGCAACGAAGACAACGAGCCUGGCCUCAACAACUGCCACAAAUCUCUUCAGAAAAUAAAUGGAAUUGACUGGGACUUCACCCAGGGUAAAGAAUUGAAGAACAAACAGACCGGUAGAUGUCUGGAAAUUAUAAUGAGCAAGCUUUUGGUACAAGAAUGUACAGGCCAAAGAUGGGAAAUCCAAAAUGUUAUCAAACCUUUCUAAAAAAUCUUGAGUGUGUAUAACUGUAUUAUAAGGAUCUAUUCUGUAAUAUAGGAAAUUGCACACAUUUCACUGAUCUGACUGAAUUUGAACAUGCCAAAGGAACUAAAACGAUCUCAAAUGU